CAUGAUAGUUUAUUAAUGCGUUGUUCAUAUAAACUCUUCCUAGUAUGAUCGAUCGUCCCAAACGAAGAAAUCGACGCUACGUUUCCAUUUAAUUAAUUUUUCAAACUGGGUCUGUUAUCUUGCAAUAUAUGUCGGAAUUUCUUAUGGAGCAAAUGGAUUUUAAUAAUGUAAAAAGCUGUUGGUAACGCACAGUUUGGCUCCUCGACAACGUAUAAAAGUCGAGCGUUUCCUGUGUGAAAUUCAGUAGUUGCUUGAGGUUCAAUCGACACAAUCCAAAAAUGGAGAAGCGAAAUUGUGCUGCGAUCUUGCUCCUUGUUUUCGGAAUCAUCGGGGUUUAUUCUUACCCUCAAAAUUCUAAUACGGCGACAAAUGAUGCAGUCCCAGACGUAUCGGGUCUCGAUUCAUACGCAGAAGGAGACCGAGUUAGCUGUGUACUUUCGGACGAUAAAACACCCUACGGUUCAUUACCACGAGUCCCUUACCGAGUAAAUGGAAAAUCGAAGAGAAGUGCUGGGGGAAAUAAAAACGCUGACGAUAACCUGAAGAAAUUACGGAACUAUAUCAAGAGAGCAGGGGUAAAAACAAAUGUACUACCAAAUGAAUCGCCGCAAGAAAUAGAACGAAGACAAUUGGCGAAUGAUUUAGAUCGUAUUACGCGCCAAUUGAUGGAACUGCUCCAUUUGGACUAUGAUACGGCGUUCGACCAUGCAGUAAGAAGAAAUCCUCAUUUAUCCAACCGAUUAUUGGAAUUAUAUGGAAGAAAUUUAGUUCGUCAGUAAGCCAAUCGUUAGGCUCUGAGCUUGUGCUCUGAUACGAUUUGAGUAAUAAAUAUUGCGGAGCAUAAUUCCGUCGAAAAAUAAUCACUACAAUUGUAUACCCUAGAAGUUUUGUUCCAAUAAUUAUCCUGUAGAUUAAGCGCUAUUUUAACGACAUGCGUCGAACUUCAAACUCGUGAAAAACUUAACAAGCGUAGAUCGAAAUAUUCCAUCCAAGUUCUAUAUUGAUGCCUGGGACCACUCGUUAUAGCAAGUGUUCUGGGAGCAGGCUAUUCUCGAAUCGGCGCGAUACGUUCUUGCGCAUCUUGUGCGAAUAAUACUCGUAUACGCAUUAGGCGCGCACGUUUGAAUACGAACGAAUGGGAGAUCCGAGAGACAUCUCAUAUAUCAUAAAAUUUUCGCUCGCUUUGCCAACAGACGUCACUUCACGACCUUCCUAUAAAUUAAAAAUUUGUCUUUUCUGCAGACGAGAAAAUUCAAUAAAUUUCGCAUCUGAAAGA